CAGUUUGACCAGGUUUGACUGCGUUCAGUUUCACGACGUCGCAUUACGGAUAUGUAUUUCAUCUCACUUGCCGCCAAGCCAACCUCGAAGUCCCGCGAAACAAAUGUUUGCUCACUAAAUCUAUUAUAAUUUCAGCAAGAAUCCUAUAGUUUUAUUAAUUAUUCGCGUUAACACAAGGAGUAAGACUUGACCAAACGAAUUGGUUAAUUGUAUUGUGCUCAGAUUCAGUUACUACGCUUCUGGAAAACUAAUAAUAAUGGCUAAGGUACAACUUGCAAAUGUGGCUGUAUUGGAUAAUCCCUCACCAUUCCUGAAUCCCUUUCAAUUCGAAGUCACAUUUGAAUGUAUCGAAGAACUCAAAGAAGAUUUGGAAUGGAAAAUGAUUUACGUCGGCAGUGCGGAGUCAGAAGAAUUUGAUCAAGUUCUUGAUACAAUCUAUGUUGGUCCUAUCCCUGAAGGAAGACACAUGUUCGUGUUUCAGGCUGACCCACCUGACGUCAGUCGAAUUCCUGUCAAUGAUGCCUUAGGAGUUACUGUAGUGCUAUUAACCUGUUCUUAUCGAGGGCAUGAGUUUGUUCGAGUGGGUUAUUUCAUCAAUAAUGAAUAUACAGACACUGAACUGCGCGAAAAUCCUCCAACUCAACCCUUGUUUGAAAAAGUACAGAGAAAUAUACUUGGAGACAAGCCACGAGUUACUCGAUUCAAAAUAAAUUGGGAUGAUGGAGUCAAUUCUACCGGUACUAACUUGUCUGACAGUAUGGCAGAACAAACUAUGGAGGAAACAACACAAGAUGCCCCCACAUCCACCUUAGGUUUUACUGAAAAUACACAGAACAGUAUGGAAGUGAUGUGAAAUUUCUGUUCCUAGAUACAAUGGGUAUUUUUCUUCUGUCUUUCUUACAUAAGUUGCAACUACUGAGUUUAAUUAGUGCGGGUUUUCAUGUUUCAAAUUUGAUCAACAUAUUGCAGUACGUGAGCAAGUAUUGGCAGAUCUAUUGCUGCAAGUAAUCGUUGAUAGAGAAGUUAUAGUGCUGUUUACGUAGUGAGUUGUUUUGUUAGUCACAAUGGUACAUCAAGAAAGAUUAACUAUUUUUGACAUAUUCGCAUAACCUCUUACCACUGAAUGCAGUAUGAAAAAUUAUCUACUCAAUAAAAUUGUCUUUUUUAGUCUGUCAUUAACUACAAAGAAGCCUUGUUUAAAAAUAUUGGAAAUGACCAACCUGAGAAAUGAUUAUUUUGGAUCUUUGAUUGAAGUAGUACCUGUUUUCAAUUUUUGUAAAUAUCCCGAUACAGAAUAUUAUCAAUGGAUCGGUGAUAUUCAAAAUUUUCCAAUAACAGUAAAAUCUUGCAAUUUCUGUUUUUCCUAAGCUUUUUGUUGAUAAGUUACCUAAUAUAGGCCAUGUGUCAUUAAUGUACUGCAGAACCACUUCAGUUUUGGACUGUACAGUUUAGGAUGUAAUCUAAGGAUCAGUUCAGUUUUGGAGGGAACUUUCCAUUGAUUCAUGUAAAUACAUUGAUAACAAAUGUGAUGUUACGUUUUCUACUUGGACAUAAGUGAAUACAAUAAAAAUGAUUUUUUAUUCUCUGAAA